UCCAGAUCGAGCUUACUUAAGAAUUACUGAGCAGGAAUUUACGUCUUUACCGCUUGAUAUCAAAGUGCUCUGAUGUGAGAAUAUAUCGGACGCGAUAUUGCUGCUUGAGUAUCAUCAUAUCAUCACUGGAAUUCUAUUCACGAUGAUUGUCAAAUGUGUAGAGUGUAACAAGAAAUUCAGUAAAGCGAGCAACUUGUACAGACAUCGAAGAGAACAACAUGGAGCAAACGAAGAGUCGUAUUGUGUGACCUGUGAUAAAUAUUUCAAGCGAAAAGAACACUAUCUCACUCACAUGAAUGCGAUUCAUCUUUUCAAAAAUAAGAAUGUGUGUUCAUUGUGCGACUACUCAACGUUCACUAAGAGUGCCAUGCUCCGUCAUGAAAAGCUAGUGCAUAAAAAUCCUUACUCAGAGUUCAAUAUGAGGCGAAAUGAUCCACGAUUCACCUGCAGUCUGUGCUCUAAAAAGUUCUCUUCGAAACGAUCUCUUGAUAAUCAUCAGCAGAAGAAGCAUGGUUUGUUGACUUCAAACUUACGAGUAAAACGAAUUUGCCCUCUGUGCGCGCAUUCUGUUCUACAUUGCUCUGGAGGAAAGGCGAAUAAAAUUAUGUAUGAUCACUUCUUUCAAAAGCAUGGAAUUUAUUUAGAUAUCGAUUUUUUAGAAUCUGAAAAUUUGAUUGCAUUCCAUAACUGGAAAGCGAACAUAGAGAUAACAACUUCCUCGAAAUUCAAUAGAUCAAAUAGAAAAGCGAAAAAAUGUUUCCGAUUCUCUUGUUAUCGUAGUGGAGUUUUUAGCCCGAAAGGGAGUGGCAAACGCGUUUCUCGAACUAUUGAAUCUUGUAAAAUCAAUGCCUUUUGUCCUGCAGCAAUCAUUGCUGUUUUGAAAGAAAAUGGAAAGGUUCAGAUAACUUUUAUUAAAACACAUGUAGGGCAUAAGAAUGAUACUUUGACAAAGACUUCCAAGAAAAAAAUCCAAUUGAAAAUUAAAGGAAUUAGGAAUCGUCACAAGGCUAGUCUUAGUAUUGGUUCUGAAAAUGUAUUUUUUCAGUCAGAUGGAGAAUGGCAAGUUCCCUCUUCCAAAGGUGACUGCUAUUUCGGUGUUGAAAAAAUCCAAUCCUCAAUUUGUAAAAAUUGUAACAUGAAAUGCUACCACUGCAACGCUUGUUUUCAUCAAUACACAUGCACCUGUAUAGAUUACACAAAGAAGAGUAACAUGUGUAAGCACAUACAUUUGGUUGCCAAAUUUUCUGGUGACCAAGAAGCUGUUUUUGUCAAUGAAGAUGAUUUAUUAGUAGUGAACGAGUCUUGUGAUGAGAAUCUCGUAGUAGUUGAUAUACCUCAAGAAGAAAAAAUCAGAGAAGAAAGAGAGGAAGAAGAAUUAGAAGACGAUAGAGAACCAGAAGGAACAGAAGCGGAAGAAUUAGACCUUAUCAAUGUUUAUUCUCCCAGUAAUGAUGAUGAAGUUGAUGACCAAAUACAAAAACUGUUUGACGAUCCGACGGUUGUUGACAACUUCAUUCUAAGUCAUGUCGAAAUCGCAAAGCCAACCUCUCCUUCUUCUCCCCCUCCUACUCAUCUGCUGCCUCCUCCUCCAAGUCAUCAAAUGUUCGUCGAAGCAAAGGAAAGGUUUACUGAACAAUUAUUGACCACAUUACAAGAUAAGAUCACCAACUUCCAACAACUUGAAGCUGUACAGAAUCAUUGGAAAUGUAUGGAUUCGAUUUUGAACUCUCUACCGUCAAAUUCGUCGCAUGUGGAUACAGUUUCUCAGCGAAGCAUGCAGCAAGUCCCUCCUGAGGAAAUCGUUUCAUAUCAAACAAGUUCCAGUCCUACUAUUACUAAUACUAGGAAAUACAAUUCUCAUUCUACUAAAAGAAAGGAAAUUAUAUGUGUAAAAAUAAUUCCUCCUUCUAAAUAUGAUGAAAAGUCUCUCAAUUUUUUAUAAUCAGGCUCGAUUGGUGUUUUCUUGAAUAGAUUUUUGUGUUGAUGAUUUUUAAAAAUUUGAAAUUAUUUGUUAAUCAUUUGAUAAUUGAAGUGAAUUUUGUGGAAUCGGUUCAUUGUAAGAAGAGGUCUAUUUUCUCUUGUUUGUUGUGUUCUAAAUGACAUUAGGGUGAUAUAAUUUUCGUGUAUGAUAUGUAUUUUUACUAAAAUGUUAUCAAGUAUUUCUGAAUUUCUGAUUAUUUUCCUAAUUGCCUACUAAGAUGUAUUUUUUCGUAGGCCUAUUGAAGUGAACAUGCUAGUACAGUUUGAAUAUUCUGUUGUUUUUUUUGAAAUUUGUCCAUUUAGUAUUUUUAAUAUUUCUACUUGAAUGAAAAGCCCCUAAAAUUAUUUAAAUUUCACUCCUUGCAAAGUAUCUAAUUCAAACUACUGCACCUAUUUUCGAACAUAAUUUCAAUUCUUAGUUCAAGCCACACCUGGGCUUGAUUGAUUGAUCAGAUAAAAUAGAACGUAAGCUACAUUACAUUCUGGGCUUGAUUAGCGUCUACUACGAAUUCGUACAACAUUAUAGAAUAAUAGUAUAAUUGAUAAUAAUUAAUUGUUAUUGAUAAUAUAGGUUCUAAUAAUGCUAUUAAUUGACAAUGGAAUUAAAUUAUUAAAUUAAAUUGAUUAUUCAAUGUACAAAGUUUUAGACACGCUCUCUGAAGAAGCGUGAUUCAAAUUUUCUAACUUCACGUUUUAUUCAUGUGUCAAUAUAGUUCCGAUAUUUCAUAUUUUAAACUGACAUUAAUUAAUAUUUGUUUUAUAAAUUACCAUCAACUGAAAAAAAUUACAUCAUUUGUAGUCAUAAUUACUAUAGAAAUUUAAUGCAGGUUUGGUUUGGAUGUAUUAUUUAGAAUUGGAAAGUUAUUUGUAAUUUAGCAUUAUAAACUGGUUUUCAAUAUCUUGAAA